GUCUAGUCUCCAUUGGUGGAAACGAAAGAGACCUGACCCCUCCCUCUCUCUCCCAAUCUCCAUAGGAGUAAUUGAGCUGAAAGAAUCGAUCUUUGGUUUCGAAGGAGAGAUUCAAGGGAAGUCAAGGAGAGAGCCAACUAAUCCGGGAAUGGCGACGCAGUGGUUCUCGAAUAUGGUGAUGGAUGAGCCGAGCUUCUUCCACCAGUGGCAGUCGGAUGGGCUGCUGGAGCAGUACACGGAGCAGCAGAUCGCCGUGGCGUUCGGGCAGGCCGCCGGCGAGGUGGACCAGCAUCAUACGGCGGCGGCGGCGAUGGUGCAGCAGCAGCAGCAGCAGUACGCGGCGGCGGCGGACAACCGGCCGCGCAAGGCGGCGAAGGUGAACACGAGCUGGGACUCCUGCAUCACGGAGCAGGGCUCGCCCGCCGACUCCUCCUCGCCGACCAUCCUCUCCUUCGGCGGCCACGCCGACGCCGCCGCGGCGGUGUUCGCCAGAGCGCAGGCACAGAGCGGCCCGUACUACGGCGGCGCCUCCGCGGCCGUGAAGCCCAAGCAGGAGGUGGACGCGCCCUUCUCCCAGGCGCGCCCCGUCAAGCGGAGCUUCGACGCCAUGGUCGCCGCCGCCGACGUCGCCAAGGCCCCCGCGGCCUCCUCCCGGCCGGCCUCGCAGAACCAAGAACACAUCCUGGCCGAGCGGAAGCGCCGCGAGAAGCUCAGCCAGCGCUUCAUCGCCCUCUCCAAGAUCGUCCCUGGCCUCAAGAAGAUGGACAAGGCGUCGGUGCUCGGCGACGCGAUCAAGUACGUGAAGCAGCUGCAGGAUCAGGUGAAGGGGCUGGAGGAUGAGGCGCGGCGGCGGCCGGUCGAGGCGGCGGUGCUGGUCAAGAAGUCCCAGCUGUCUGCCGACGACGACGACGGCUCGUCCUGCGACGAGAACUUCGACGGCGGCGAGGCCGGGCUGCCGGAGAUCGAGGCCCGGGUGUCGGACCGCACCGUGCUGGUCAAGAUCCACUGCGAGAACCGCAAGGGCGCUCUCAUCACCGCCCUCUCCGAGGUCGAGAGCAUCGGCCUCACCAUCAUGAACACCAAUGUGCUCCCCUUCACCACCUCCUCCCUCGACAUCACCAUCAUGGCCACCGCUGGCGAGAACUUCUCAUUAUCUGUCAAAGAUAUUGUGAAGAAGCUAAAUCAAGCGUUCAAGUUAUCCCUUUGAAAGACUUGCUCCCGAUCAAGUCUAAUUUAGAACUUUUUUGUUCAACUUUCCUACUACCUUUUUAUCAUUAGCCUUGAGAAAUUGAGGCUGAUGGUUCUAAUUAGGUCCUUAAAUCCCUACUGCUGCUUCUGAAGAGAGUUUGCUUGCAAAUCCACCACAGAGCCCCUCAAGGAUUAGCCAUUAACCACCUAUUUUUGCUCCAAGGGUGCAGAAUUACAGAUUAUCUAAAUAUUUACCUACAACUCUUCUAUUUUCUCUCCUAUCACUUUUUUGCAUGGAUUGAGCUAGUCACUCCAUGUUCCUGGGAGAGGGUAGAAUGUAAAAAGAAGCUGUCUUUUUCUAGGGCUUGUUAUCAAGGGGAGUUUGACUUUUUCAAAAAAAAACUUAUUUUCAUUUCUCCCCUUUUGCAAUGUUGCCCUUUAAUUUCACCCCCGUUUUUCUUUGAGAGGAUUGGGUUUUUUCAAACCCAAAUACCUACCUUUGCCAGCAUCUCAUAUCCUAUCACACUGUUCCCAAACCCAAAAGGCUUCAAUUGUGGAGAAAAUGGUGCCUUCCUUUUUUCAGCUCUGAGGUGGACUUUUGCAAGGCUUGAUUCAUUAGUACUGUAGUAGGGUGUGUAUCUCUGUUCUUUUUUUAGGGUUAUGCAAGCUGGCCCCAGCUUGGUGCACCCUUUGCUUGUAGUCUCCUUUGUGGGUUUUGUUGUAACAGGAUGAAGAUGCAGUUGUUCUCUCUUGUUUACACAAGUAUAAAAAUAAAUAAAUGUGCUUGUUGUUAA